AUGGUGAAUACUCGAUCAGAAACCAACAGAGUGCCUCGGGAUGACCUAAAUGCCCGAGACGAAGGGAACUCCAACGAUCCAGAGAUCCCAUUUUAUACGGGACUCGAAGAUCCCGUGGAGCACCUAGAUAAUUUCAGAGCCCACAUGGAUCUUCAUCGAACACCUGAAAUGGUGGCCUGCCGAGCAUUCCCUCUGACCCUCUCGGGCAAUGCCCGCGAUUGGUUCAGAACCCUCCCGCCAAAUUCCAUUCGUCAUUUCGAGGACCUCGGUAGGAUGUUCCUGACGCAGUUUAUGGCCGGAAUGGUCAGAAGGAAGCCGUCCGGAUCCCUGAUGUCAUUGCACCAGGGACCCGAGGAAUCCCUCAGAGAUUUCUUUAUGAGGUUCAACCAGGCUAGACUUGAAGCCGAAGCAGCCACAGAUGAUUUCAUCUACGGAGCCCUCUUUCAGGGAAUCCGAAAAGAUGGAGCACUAAUGGCUGAUAUAGCCAGGAAGCCCCCUCAGAAUUUAGAUGGCUUCAUGAGUAAAGCCGAAAAGUACAUCAACCAGGAGGAGACACUCCGAGCCCUAUUGGGACCCGAGCAAACUCGCCCAUCUACUUCCGGGAAUCCAAAAAAGAAGAACCCUCGAAAAGAAGACUGGAAGCGGGUUCCAGAAGAAGAGGCUAGGCCAAAGCGGGAUCAGGAGUCCCUAAGGGGUCACAACUGGACACCCCUCAACGCACCCAUUAUGGAUGUUCUCCUGGAGAUAAGGCGAGACCCGACGUACCGAAAACCCAGACCGAACCCGGAGCACGGCCAUCGCCCCCAUCAAAAUCGGUUCCAUCAGGAUCAGAAUAAUCCUCGGGAUGAUCGAGGAAGAAAUCACGAAAGGGGAAGGGAACCAGAACGCAGGCCAGACCCUCGGGCCGCACGAGAAAGAAGUAGGAGCCGAGCCAGACCAGAACGGCAGGAAAACCUUCCGGAAAUACAGACGAUUUCGGGGGGUUUCGGAGGAGGCGGAGAAUCUAGCUCGGCGCGGAAGGCUUAUGCAAGGCAGCUACGGGAUUUCGAGGUAUACUCGGUGCAGAAACCUCCAAAAUCCCAAAAACGAGACGCACAAGUGAUCGGGUUCUCGGAUGAUGAUUAUGCAGGGGUAUCUCUCCCGCAUACCGACGCUCUGGUACUGAGUCUGGCCAUAGCCAACCACAAAAUACACCGCAUCCUGGUUGACACAGGCAGCUCGGCUGACAUCUUUUACAGGUCAGCCUUCGAGCAAAUGAAGAUCGAUCGAAGUAAGGUGAUCCCGGCGAGACAUUCGCUUGUGGGGUUCACAGGAGAGCAAGUACUCCCACUCGGAUCCAUCGAGCUUCCGGUCACAGCAGGGAUGUACCCGAGGCAGAGGACGAUAAUGGUUCGGUUCUUGAUAAUCGACCGACCAUCGGCUUACAACGCCAUCCUUGGGAGAACAGCUCUCAAUGAAUUUAGGGCUGUGAUCUCAACCCCUCAGCUGAGCAUGAAAUUCCCCACCGAAGAGGGAGUUGGUGUCGAAAAAGGAGACCAGAGGAUGGCCCGAGAGUGUUAUAAUACAAGUUUGAAGAAGCUCCCGGAAGCCGCGAGGCUCGGAGAGAAGAAGAAGGACGAAGAAAAAUAG